AUGUCGAGAACCACGAGGAAGAGCACGCCAAGAGUGAGGACUGGAUGCCAGACAUGUCGCAUCCGGCGUGUCAAGUGCGACGAGGCAAAGCCCAGCUGUCUCAAAUGCACGCAGACGGGUCGCAAAUGCGACGGCUACGCAGCACGAACGCCCGGCAGCGUUCUGCUCUCACCGCAAACCUCCGAUGACGAAGUCGCCGGCCGCCGGUCGCCGCUGGGCCUGGCGGCCAUCACGGCCUACUCGAUCCCGUUCCGCAUGCCCGGCAGCCAGCGCGACCGGCAGCUCCUCCACUACUUCUGCGUGCAGGGGGCGAACGAGUUCGCGGGCUUCGUGCCCAACGAGUUCUGGUCCAGGACGGCGCUCUACGCGAGCCAGAACGAGACGAUUGUGCGGCAGUCGCUCAUCGCGCUGAGCGCGCUGCACCUCGACCUCUCGAACGGCGGGUGCAGCCGCCGCCGCAGCGGCGGCGGCCACCCCGUCGGCGACGCGACGCUGCGGCAGUACGGCAAGGCGCUGCGGUCGCUGCAGAUUCGCAUCACGCGGUCGGGAGACGGGACGCGCGCGGGCCGGUCCGAGACGGCCAAGACGGCGCUCAUCUGCUGCGUGCUGUUCUACUGCUUCGAGAGCGCCCUCGGCGACGUGCCGGCGGCGCUGAACCACCUCGACAACGGCCUGCGGCUCAUGAACAAGGUGCUCGCGUUCCACGAGGGGGACGAGGACGACGAGGAGAUGCGCAGCAUCCGCGACACGCUGGGCCGGCUCGACAUGCAGGCGACCUUUUUCGACGACGCCCGCGCGCCGGCGCUGGCUCUCGUGUCGCGGCAGGAGAGGGAGCGCGGUCUCAACAUCGGCCCCGGCCCCGGCCCCGGCCCCCGCGGCGCGGGCCCGGCCACGUCCUUCGCCGGCCUCGCCGACGCGCAGAAGCAGCUCAUCCGCAUGUCCAACUGGCUGCUGCGCUUCCUGCAGGAGAACACGGCCUACCAGGGCCAGCCGGCGUCAUGCAUCCCCGCGGCCGUGCUCGCGGAGAAGCACCGUCUGACGGUCGAGUUCGACCUUUGGCAGCAGAGGCACGGCAUCUUCGCCGCGUCCCUGCCGCCGCCGCCGACGGGGCAGGGCAGCGCCGACAAACGCAGCGCCGACCGCGCGGCCCGCACGCUCCUGGCCCAGCACGGCGUGCUGCAGAUGCUGCUCUCGUCCAAGGUGCCCGAUCGGCCGCAGGUCUUCGGUGAGGUGCCGAACCGCACGGCCGAGGGACUCGUUCAACUAUGCGAUGACGUCCUGCGCCUGGACGUUUCGGGCCCUGUGGCCGAGGCGGCGGCGACCGCGGGCCCUGCGCCGAAGUCGUGGACUCUAUCGUCCGAGACUGGUGUCGUGGUGCCGCUCUUUCUGGUGGCGAUGAAGUGCGCGGACAAGCGCGUGACGGCGAGAGCGGUCGAGCUGCUCGCCGCUUCGAAGAGGAGGGAGGGUCUGUAUGACGCCGUGGCGGUCGCGAGCCUUGUCGGCCAGCUCAAGGGCGUCAUGAACCAGAGGCGACAGCAGUCGGAGGAACUCGGCCUCGGGAGCAGCCAGGAGGAUGCUCUGGAGCAUUGGGUCGCUGACCUGCUCGACCAGGCGCCUGGAGGGGCCAGUACAACGACGGCCAUGUUGGAUUGA